AUGAAACCACUGAUGGACAAAAUAAUAUCUCCAACACAAGCUGCAUAUGUCCGUAGGAGGUACAUUAAUGAUAAUAUAGUUAUGGCUCAUGAACUGAUUCAUUCCAUGAAGAAGUCAAAGAAUAAGCACGGCUUAGUUGCUCUGAAGUUGGAUAUGUCGAAGGCUUUCGACAGGGUUGAGUGGGCAUUUAUAGAUAAAAUGCUUUCUUCUUUUGGUUUUUCUAAAGACUGGCGUACUAUUAUUUAUCAAUGUAUUUCGAUAACCAUUGUUUUGAUUCGUUUAAAUGGUAGUAUUUUUCAGUCUUAUACUCCUACAAGAGGACUUCGACAAGGGGAUCCUUUAUCCCCUUAUUUAUUCAUUAUCUCCAUAGAAUAUCUUGUUAUAUCCUUGAUGCAUGCUGAAGCACGUAAUUUGUUGCGUGGUAUACAAGUUGUGAAGAAUUCGAUAUCGGCUAAUCAUCUUCUAUUUGCGGAUGAUUGCAUAUUGUUCUUCCAUGCAGAUUAUUCAAGUAUCAAUCAAGUUCAGUCUUGUUUGCAAAAUUUCAGUAAUAUUUCUGGUCAGUUGAUAAAUUUCUCGAAGUCAUCGGCUUUUGUUACAAGUGAUUUGUCGGAUGAUGCUAAGAGGGACAUCAAGAAUAAAUUAAGAUUCAAACAACUCAGUUCCUCAGAUAAAUAUUUAGGUUUGCCUAUUCUCUUGGGAAAAUCAAAAACAAGCUCUUUUAGGCCUAUUCAGGACUCAUAUGAGAAUAGAUUUCAAGGAUGGUGCUCAAAAACUCUCAAUCAAGCUGCUAAAACAACUUUAGUCAACUCAUUUCUCAAUUCCAUCCCUAGUCACUAUAUGAAUGAAGGAAGUUUGGCUUUUAGAAAUCUUGAAAAAUUCAACAUAUCUUUGAUUACCAAGUUGGCUUGGCGAUUAUGCACAGAGGAAGACAAACCUUGGACACAAAUCAUGAAAGCUAAAUACUCUCCAUAUAGUAAUUUCCUUCAUUUACAAGAGUCUCCUUACAACUCUUCAUGGAUCUGGAAGGGAUUGGAAAUGGGGCUUUAUUAUGUGAGAAAGUUUCAUAGGUGGGAUGUUAGGGAUGGAACUAAAUUUUUAGUCUGGUGGAAUACUCAACUUGUUUUUGAUCUUUUCCCAGCUGACGCAGCAAAAUUAAUACUAAGAAUGCAUCUAGUUCAAGUUGGUACUGAUAAGCUUAUUUGGGAACCAAGUAGGACAAGUGAAUUCUCUGUAAAAACCACCUAUAAGGCAUUAACAAAUCUUUCAAAUGGAGCUCAUCAAAGGAGUUUAGAUGGUUUAAAUGUUAACUGGAGAAAGCUAUGGAAAUCUAAUGCUCAUCAUAAAGCUGAAGAAACAAUCCAACAUCUGCUUAUUCAAUGUGAUUACUCCAGAUCAGUUUGGCUAUUUAUGAAUGUGAAUGUUUCUUUAUUGCAAAAUCAAGGUACCGAUGUUGUUGACUGGAUAGCUAGCUGGUUCCAAGCUUCUACUAAACCUUCUAAGGAGGAAUGGAAUCAUUGGAUUUUAACUCUUAUGAUUACAGCUUGGUUUCUCUGGAAGAAUAGAUGCUUAAAAAAAUUUGAAAACAAAAACCAGAAUUUGUUUCUUACAGUUCACUCUAUUAAAAAUAUGGUAAAUCAAUGCUUGUUGGGGAGCUCUAUGAUUAAUCAGAAAGUGCUUCAAUCUUGGUCUCCUCCUCCACCUUAUGAGUUUAAAAUCAACAUGGAUGCUUCAUUUGAUUAUUCUACUUCUAAUUUUGGAAUUGGGAUGAUUACUCGUGAUUCAACAGGUCAAUGUUGCGCCAUCAGGGGGAGAUUCUUCAAUGGAGGAAUAAAUCCAGAACAAGCUGAAUGUGUAUCCAUGAAGGAAGCAAUAUUAUGGGCUAGAGAAUGA